CUGGGGGUCGGGAUUGUCCUCGCACCAUCACCUUCCCUCCUGUUUCUCCACUGGCAUCCAUCUUGGAGGGGAGAAAAGUCCGGACUGCUCUGCCAUCCCUUUUCUGGGUUCCUGCACAGUGGGGCUGUGGGCCCCAGCCUCCCGUGAUGUGGGACUGUCGAGGUCAGGGAUGGGGUCAGGUCCUGAAAGAGGGCUGAGGUUCAAGCUGAGGCAGAACGUCCAGCUGAGUUCACCACGACCUUCGUGGGGGUCAUUCCUUCUUGAGGCAGAGGUAUAUCACACAUGGCCUGGAGGGCUGGGCAUGUGCCAGUCUGUGUACCUGUAAAUGUGUGCCUGCACACAAGUGCAUUGCACAUAUAACUGUGUGUAUACAUAUAUGUGCACUUGUAUACUUGUGAGUGUUUGCAUGUGUGUGGCUCUGAGAGGGGCGUUGCACACAGAUGUAAGGAAAUAGGGUCACUUCCCCAGGAAUCCCGGCUGCCCCCUCUUCCUGCCCCCACCCCUUGCUCCGGGAGAGGACCCAGCUCAAUAAAGAGGGCCGGGAGCCCUGAAUGCCCCUGCUGUUCAUUCCACACCUGCCCACACUGCUUCCCAGGCCUGUUCGAGAAAGAGGGGACCAAAAGCAUCAGGGGUCUUCAGCCCCUAAACUGCACAGGAGCAGGUCGUAUCCCCCGCCCCUAUGACCAACAUGAGCUGGAGUUUCCUGACGCGGCUGCUGGAAGAGAUCCACAACCACUCCACGUUCGUGGGCAAGGUGUGGCUCACGGUGCUGGUGGUCUUCCGCAUCGUGCUCACCGCCGUGGGUGGCGAGUCCAUCUACUCCGAUGAGCAGACCAAGUUCACGUGCAACACGCGGCAGCCAGGCUGCGACAACGUCUGCUACGACGCCUUCGCACCCCUGUCCCACGUGCGCUUCUGGGUCUUCCAGAUUGUGGUCAUCUCUACGCCCUCCGUCAUGUACCUGGGCUACGCUGUGCACCGCCUGGCCCGCGCCUCCCAGGAUGAGCGCCGUCGCGCCUCUCGCCGCCGCCCCAGCCGCCGCGCACCCCGCGCACCUCUGCCGUUGCCCCCACCGCCCCACCCGGGCUGGCCCGAGCCCGCUGACCUGGGCGAGGAGGAACCCAUGCUGGGGCUGGGUGAAGAGGACGAAGACCCGGGAGUGGCCGAGGGCCUGGGUGAAGAUGACGAGGCUGAGGACACGGGGGUGGCCAAGGGCGCAGGAGGGGACACAAAGGUGGCUGGGGUCCCGGGUCCUGCAGGGCAGCAUGACGGGCGGCGGCGCAUCCAGCGCGAGGGCCUGAUGCGCGUGUACGUCGCCCAGCUGGUGGCGCGGGCCGCCUUCGAGGUGGCCUUCCUGGUGGGCCAGUACCUUCUGUAUGGUUUCGAGGUGCGGCCCUUCUUCGCGUGUAGCCGCCAGCCCUGUCCCCACGUGGUUGACUGCUUCGUGUCACGGCCCACCGAGAAGACGGUCUUCCUGCUGGUCAUGUACGUGGUCAGCUGCCUCUGUCUGCUGCUCAACCUCUGUGAGAUGGCGCAUCUGGGCCUCGGCAGCGCGCAAGACGCCGUGCGCGGCCGACGCCCACUGCCCACCUCCCCCGGCCCCAUGCCGCGGCCUCCUCCCUGCGCUCUGCCCGCUGCGCCUUCAGGCCUGGCCUGCCCGCCUGAUUAUAGUCUGGUGGUUCGCACAGCUGAGCGUGCACGCGCCCAGGACCAGGACCUGGCCAGCCUGGCCCUGCAGGCGCUGCAGGACCGGCGGGCACUUGGGGACCUCGACAGUCCACCCGGCCCGGGCCUCCCAGAGAACGCCAGGGGGCCCCCAAAGCCUGGUGCCCCUGCAUCGGGGUCAGGCAGUGCCACAUCAGGGGGCACUGUGGGGGGCCAGGGUCGGCAGGGGAUCAAACCCAGGAUGGGCUCAGAGAAGGGCAGCGGGAGCAGCAGCAGGGAGGGUAAGACCACCGUAUGGAUCUGAGGCCUCACCUUGGCUGCUCUGCAUCUUCCCUCCUCCCCAGGGCGGAGGCAGGGGGCUCUGGGGGAAGUCUAGGGGCUGGACACCACCUAAGGCGCAGAGCACAACCUGCCCUCCUCUUCCUCAGCUGGCUGCUCACCCCCUCCAGAGGGGGUACAGGGCACCAACCUUCUCUGCAUCACCACCCCUCCCUGCCUGAGCCCUGUCUUCCUCCAGGGUAGGGUGGGCAGCCUGGGACCCACCCAUAAGCCCUGAUGGGAGAUAGGACUGUGGCUGGGGCACUGCCCUCCUCCCAGAGCCACCCAGCUGGCCCCCUCAGGACAAGGGGGUCCUCCAGGCAGGAGUUCUACCCAUCCUGCCCUGCUUCCCUGAAGAAGCCCGUGUGUGACUGCCCAGGGGUGCCUGGCCUGGGUGUUGAGGGGUUUUGUGCUUAUCCCCACUCCUUUCCUAGCACCCGCACUCUUCUAGUCUAUGUUCUGGUUCUUGCAAAGCUAGAGGCAAUGCCAGGUCUUCCUGGUGUAGAAGGAAAAACAGUGAACACAGUGGUGGGGGGCUGGUUGGCACCACUUCACACCUCACCCCCACCAGGUCCCAAGCGUAAGCUGCCUCGAGUGCGGCUGGGACUGCGCCCUGCUUCCUGUUUCCGCCCAGACAGGUCUGGGGCUAAGGCCUUGCGUGGGCUGGGGUGGGUGGGAUCAUGCCCUCUCCAGCUCUGUGCUGGCCUGGCAUGGCCCCUUCCUUGGGCACAUACUUGAAACUCUGAAAAGACACUGGCCUCCCUUGCCACUCAGACCAACAGGGUGGUGGUCAGGGGCUAUGACUUUGGCCACACUGAGGGAAAGGACUCUGAAGCUCCUGCCAUAGUCUCUUCCCUCCAGCACCCCCUCCAACUCAGACACAGCCUCCAAACAAAGGGAGUGAAAUAAAACUAACUUUUGUUUACA